CCGCCAUGUCUUAUCAUCUCGCAACUUGGUCAUUACUGGCGGCGGCGUUGGCCCCAGCGGUCCUUGCAACCCCACUUUCUACCAAUCCUUACAAUAUUCCUAAUGGGCCGCAACUCAAGGUUGCGCCAUUAAUGGCUUCUGAGCAUCCAUAUGGAACCGUCAACAACUCGUACAUUGUCGUUCUUCGCGAUGACCUUCCUCAGGCGGUCAUGCAGAACCACUUCAACUUCCUCCAGAUGGCUCACGCCUCUGACUCGUUCCUCGGUGACGAGUCUGCAGAGGGCGUCCGUCACUUUUACGACGGAGACAUUAAAGGUUAUGCUGGAGAGUUCACUGAGAACGUCAUUGAGCAGGUACGGCGGAUGCCUGAGGUCAACUUCGUAGAGAAGGACCAAAUCGUCCAUACCAUGGAUAUCAGUACUCAGAAGGGCUCGCCUUGGGGUCUUGCCCGUGUCAGCCACCGUAACAAACUAGGCUUCAGCACUUUCACGAAGUAUCUCUAUGACUCGGACGGUGGUGACGGUGUUGACGUCUAUGUCGUUGAUACUGGUAUCAAUGUCGCCCACUCCGAAUUCGAGGGUCGCGCUUCUUGGGGCAAGACUAUUCCGACCAAUGACGUUGAUGAGGACGGCAAUGGCCAUGGUACGCACUGUGCUGGUACUAUUGCUUCCCGUAAGUAUGGUGUCGCCAAGAAGGCAAACGUCAUCGCUGUCAAGGUGCUGGGUUCCAACGGUAGUGGUACCAUGUCUGAUGUUGUUGCGGGAGUUGCAUGGGCAGCUCAGUCAGCUGUUAAGAAGUUGGCAGCUGCUCGCGCUGAAUUUGCCGCCACUGGGAAGACCAAGCACAAAGGAUCGGUUGCAAACAUGAGUCUUGGUGGCGGAAAGUCUCCCGCUCUUGAUCUUGCGGUCAACCGCGCUGUUGACGCUGGCCUUCAUUUUGCCGUUGCUGCCGGUAACGACAACAAGGACGCCUGCAAGUACUCACCCGCAGCAGCCGAGAAUGCCGUCACAGUCGGUGCCUCCACGCUUGGCGAUGAGCGUGCAUACUUCUCCAACCACGGCGAGUGUGUAGAUAUCUUCGCUCCCGGUCUUAACAUCCUGUCCACGUACAUUGGUAGCAAAGAUGCUAUCGCUACCCUCUCUGGUACUUCAAUGGCGUCUCCCCAUACCGCUGGCGUGCUUGCAUACCUUUUGUCAAUUUACCCCUCUGCCACCUUCGAUCCUACGUUGAGCUCGACGUUCCUUCCUUCAGCACUCAACCUCGAGCACCCUUAUUCCUCAUUCUACUCUCUCUGUCAUGCUGCCCUCCCACGCUGGAUAACCGACUUCAUGCCGUCACCGCAGCUGUUCGUCAAUGCGCCCAUCCCUGACGGUCCAGCUGUACUCUCCCCUUUGGAGCUCAAGAGAGCUCUUCGCAAGCUCGCAUCGUCGAACAUGCUUAGUGAUCUGCCCCCGAAGACAGUGAACUUGCUCAUUUUCAACAACGCUACCGCUUGAACGUGAUAAGUAUAUAACCAGCAGGCAAUUCGCCGUUAUGUUGCAUGGUUUCUGCAGCCUCACCUAUUUAGUUGCAGUUGUAUUAUAUAUCUAAAUCAUCAUACAUAUCAUGGAUUAACAUUGAGAGUCUGAGAGAUCUGUUGAGCGAUUUCGCGUGUUGUCUCCGGUAAUAAUAAUAAUUGUGGACAUAGGGCGCCCCACG